AGAAAACUCUGUGGCAGUGACAGUUCUGAGCGGUAGUAGCCUCAGCUGUCUGCUCCGGAGGGUCUGUGUGUACUCAGCAUGCUGGGAAAACGACAGAACUGAGACUUAACUCUUCUAUUUGAAGAAUCUGAGAGACUGGAGACAGGACUUGCGUCCCACCUACCUGUGCAGACAUGAGUGACAAGUGCGCUGACCGCAUGCUGAAUGGUGCUGUGCCCGGAGAGGCGACAAAGAAGGAUGAAAAUGUGAAGAGAGGGAACUGGGGAAAUCAGAUUGAGUUUGUGCUGACCAGCGUGGGCUACGCCGUAGGUCUGGGCAAUGUCUGGCGGUUCCCAUAUCUCUGUUACCGGAAUGGAGGAGGUGCAUUCAUGUUCCCAUACUUUAUCAUGCUGGUGUUUUGUGGGAUACCACUCUUCUUCAUGGAACUUUCCUUUGGGCAGUUUGCUAGCCAAGGUUGCCUUGGGGUUUGGAGGGUGAGCCCCAUAUUUAAAGGUGUAGGCUACGGAAUGAUGGUUGUUUCUACAUAUAUUGGUAUUUAUUACAACGUGGUCAUCUGUAUUGCUUUUUACUACUUCUUCGCUUCUAUGAACCGGAUCCUGCCCUGGACAUACUGCAAUAACUACUGGAACACUCACAACUGUAUAGGGGUGAUGAGUCCGAGCUCCAACCUCUCUCUUAACCUCACAACCCAACACAGCAUGGCUGAAUUCAACCUCACAUCUGUAGUUAACCAAACACUAAAGAGGACAAGCCCCAGCGAGGAGUACUGGAGGAAUUAUGUGCUGCGGAUCUCAGAUGACAUUGGUAAUUUUGGAGAGGUGCGACUGCCUCUGCUGGGCUGUCUUGCCCUGUCAUGGGUUGUUGUCUUCCUCUGCCUCAUUAGGGGGGUGAAAUCAUCCGGUAAGGUGGUUUACUUUACAGCAACGUUCCCAUAUGUGGUUCUCACCAUCCUGUUUGUUCGGGGCAUCACCUUGGAAGGCGCAGUUAAUGGGAUCAUGUAUUACCUAACGCCACAGUGGGACAAGAUUCUGGAUGCUAAGGUUUGGGGCGACGCAGCAUCACAAAUCUUUUACUCAUUGGGAUGCGCUUGGGGUGGACUCAUCACGAUGGCUUCCUACAACAAGUUCCACAACAACUGCUAUAGGGACAGUAUCAUCAUUAGCAUCACCAACUGUGCCACCAGCGUCUAUGCAGGCUUUGUCAUCUUCUCUAUCUUGGGCUUCAUGGCAAACCAUCUGGGAGUGGACGUUUCACAAGUGGCUGAUCAUGGUCCUGGGUUGGCAUUUGUGGCGUAUCCUGAGGCGCUGACACUGCUGCCCAUCUCUCCUCUAUGGUCCAUACUGUUCUUCUUCAUGCUUAUCCUGCUGGGGCUGGGAACUCAGUUCUGCUUGCUGGAGACACUGGUUACAGCCAUUGUGGAUGAAAUUGGCAAUGACUGGAUUAUACGCUAUAAAACCGUAGUGACACUGGGAGUCGCUGUCAUUGGCUUCCUCUUCGGAAUCCCUCUUACUACACAAGCUGGGAUCUAUUGGCUGCUACUGAUGGACAACUACGCUGCUAGCUUUUCCCUGGUUAUCAUUUCCUGUAUUAUGUGUGUGGCCAUAAUGUACAUUUAUGGACAUAGAAAUUACUUCAGGGACAUAGAGAUGAUGUUGGGCUUCCCUCCCCCACUCUUUUUCCAGAUCUGUUGGCGAUUCAUUUCCCCAGCGAUCAUAUUUUUUAUAUUGAUCUUCACGGUAAUCCAGUAUCGUCCAAUCACGUACAACAAUUAUAUCUAUCCUGGCUGGGCAAUCACACUGGGCUUCCUCAUGGCACUUUCUUCGGUCAUUUGUAUUCCCGGAUAUGCGCUCUUCAAGGUUUUGCGCUCAGAGGGGGACACGUUUCUGCAGAGGUUUAAGAACGCAGUUAAACCCAGCAAGGACUGGGGCCCCGCCCUUGCGGAGCACCGGAUAGGUCCCUAUGCCUCCAUCUCACGUUCAGCAGGCGAGUGCCCUCCUGAAGCUCAGCCACUAAACCCAGAGAAGGUGCAGAAGGAUGAGAUGAUUCUAACAGUACAGGGCAGCAACGGGCAGGCCCACAACCAAGACUCUAAAGUGUAACCGGUUGGUGCAGGGGCCCGGUGGAAGGCAAGGGGCACCGCUGAUGGUACGGAUGAGAAUCUCUUCCCUCGUUCCCCUGUCCUAACCAUCCAGACCAGACGUACCCUCUGUUGUCCCUCACCCCAUCACCCAGAGCAUCAAGCAGAGACCUGCAAAAACUGUAACCUUCUCCCAUUCAUGUGGAGGAAAAACUACAACCCUUCAGCUGCUGAGCAGAGGAAUUCUACUGCGAGAUGACCCCAUCUCUUCUUCCCAUAGUAUUAUCGUACGGACACAGUUUAUUGUGUGUGGAAUGUUUAAUCUCCUAAGAUAAGAAGCUGGGACAGGGCAUCUCAAACAAGUAGAUUUUCUCAGUUUUAUAGGUUUAGUUUACAUGUGAAUUUUAGUUUAUUUUUUAUUUUUAUAAACCUCAAUUUUUAUUGUUGUUGAAGCAGCCCAGACGGAUGGUUGGGGUCUAAAAACCCUUGUCAAGCUUCCUAUUGCAGUCCUUGAGUGGGUGCUAGUUUAUGGAGGAUGCUACAAGCACAAUAUAAAACAUUAAGACAUCUUUAUGAUAAGAAGAGAAACACAGAAUAGCCAGAAGCUGAUUCCUGUUACUUGAGGAAUACACCAGGGCGCAAAAGGUGACCUCGCCAAUCCUGGGGUCAUACACAACUGACUGACAUACCCGUCACCUGGGAUAUCUCUGUAGCUUUUUGUGUGUACAUGAGCAUUCCGUAUAAACCCUAUAAUCCCACCCUCAGGUGGAUUAGAGGUUAUCUGUGCAGCUCCCCAUUCAUAACAAUGGGGCCAGGUUUAAUUUUCCUGCCAAUGUGUGAGGAAUUCACUUUGCAGGGUUUUUUUAGCAAUAGGUGUAGAUCAUUAGUUUACUAACAUCCCUUAUGUAUUACACAAAGUUUAUAUUGAGUAAACAGAACACAAAGGGUUAUCUCAUCACCAUACAAUCUGCCCAUGUGCCAAGAUUAGUGAGGAGAAUUUAUCUGGGUCAAUAGAAAGUUGGGAGCCAAGCAAUGCAGGGUUUUUUUCUGGUCUGUAUUUUUACAACCUAAACAGAAUUUUUCAGCAACUAUAAAUAUUUUAAUGACAGAGUGAAGCACAUAUUAUUCAGCCCAGCAGUAUUUAUUAUAGGUAAUGUGGCAUUCCACAAAGAGAUGCUUGAGCAGGUGCUGGGUAAAUACUGAUACAGUUUAUGGUCUGUAUGGGAACUGAUGCAAUAGAAAUAGUUUUAGUAGCACAUCUGCUGCCUAAUCUAAUAUGUACCCCUGCCAUUUGCUACUGGGCACUGUUACCUACUGCACUGUCCCACCUGCCUCAGCGCAGACAAGCGUAGGAUCCUAAAAUCUCCAUCUACACAAUGCUCCUAACAUGGAGAUCAGUAAAGUCUAGAUGCUCCUCCGCACACCCAGCCACAAGCUUCUAGAUGGAGCAAUCUGAGGUUUUACUUACAAGGAGUUGCUUCACUAUGUCCAGUGCCAACCAUGGAAGGUGUUGGAAUUAUGUUUACUAAAAAACAUUUUCAUACUGGAAUAUAAUAUUGAGAAGUUGUAAAAUAUCCUUCACAACAUACAUAUCUCAGUGUAGAAUAUUUAAGCUAAGCACAAGCUCUACUCUUUUAGUGAAAGGGACAUCCGUUUAGUAAUGUGUGAUAGUUGGAUGUUAUCUGUGCAGAAGGCAGAGACACAGAUAGACAAGUUAAUUAUUGGAGAAUGUUUCUCAAAAUUUUCAUGGUACAACAGUGUUCUCAUUCUUUUGUGACAGUGGAUACACUGGAGAUGAAAACCUUCCCUUAGUUGAGUAGGGUACAGAAGAAUGGGAUGAGUUGGCCUGCUGGGUAAUCUAUGGCAUGGACACAUUGCACAUGGGCUUUAUCGUGGCAGUUGCACUGUAAAUAAUAAGAUGAUUCAUUCAGACCAUUGGUUUAUCUGCUGUAUCCGUGAUGUUUCUCCCUCUUGCUGUUUCAAGGCAGAAUCAUUUUGCAUGGUAGGUUAAGUUUAAUUUAAUGUUGUUUCUGGACCUGGUGACUGACAUACUGGCCCAGAACUGAGCACACUGAGCAUUAUCUUCAUGCUUAAUUGCGAUAGUUUAUUUUACAGUCCUCUAUGGUAAACAACUGGUAAAAUGGAAUCUACCAUUAAAUAAUUGUUUAAGGUAUGAAGAAGUUCAAGAAAUGCAAGUGUUCUCUAAUUCUUUCUUUUGUAAAAAUCUUACACUAAAUUUAAGAUUUAAAAGAAGAUUUUAUUUGUAAAAAUAUAUAAUCAGAUGGUAAAUUUCCCUUUAACAAUGUGUUGUGGACUGUAGUACAUAAAUAUUAGUACAUUUUACCCUCAGUUGUACUAUUAACCACUUACAUAUUUCAGGGUUAACUUUCUAAAGUAACAUUCCAAUGGCAAACAACAUAAGCAGAACAUAAGAACUCAAUGAUCAGAUACCAUUUUUAAACAUGUUGUCAGAUUGUUGCAUUUUGUUACACAAGAGUGUUAUAGAACUGGCCUUUGGUGGACCUAGAAGGAAUUGGAACGCUUUAUUGAUGACAUUUACAUGUUUUAUUCAUUUAAACCUGUGACAGGGAUCUUGAUAAUUAGAAAGGGAAGUUCAGUAAUUUGUACUUAUUGUUUACUACAAAUGGCACAUAAACCAGGGGGCCACUCUUCUGAAACAGAGAGUUAUUCCACUCCUUUUGCUUUGUACAUUUGGUUGAAUUAGACUUGUUUUAUGUAAGAAAACACACUGAUGUUUUAGUGUCCUUAAGUUAUAUCUGUCAAUCACAGGACUUAAAGUUAUUUUUUUUUAAGGAUAAUUAAGAACUGUCAGGUUUAAGUUUAUAAUUUUUAUCCUUUUAACCAGAGGAACUCAGGUAAAAAUCUGCCAUUCCUCCCAUUUAUCCCAUGGUCUCACCCCUAGAUACUGAUUAUCACAGGCUGAGAUACAAAAACAUCCUGCUCGAAUAUGAAUGCUCAAAUUGCUCCAAUUUCUUUUACCAUUUACAUGAUGUCACCAGGUUCUAAAACUUACAGAGUGGGAAUAACGUGGCCUGCAAUGUAACAAAUAUAGAACUGUAUCCGGUUUCUGUAACAUUCUUGUAUUGAUGCUUGAGGGUCUUUUUCACUGUCAUGCACAGGAUCCUUGGAAUUCCUUACUCAAUACUCUGUCAAAGCUGUUACAUUCAUAUGAAGUGAAUUUUCUUCAAAUAGAUGUAUUUGUCAUUAGUUGCCAGUGUUGGGUAUUGUUAUAGACGAUUAAAGAAGAUUAAAUAGCAGAUCAUGGACCACAAAUAUCUCACCAACUGAACUGCACAUAUAAUCAUCAGAAACUGAUUUUCAUAAAUACGUUUAUCUGGAAUUGAAAAACAAUUUGUCUUCCAUCUGAACUGUAAAACUGUAGUAGAUGUAUAGUUACUUACCCUGUACCAGUUUAUAAGCUUUCCUAUUGAAAAGUGCCAUAUCGGUCAGAAUGUCUGUGUAUGGUAGUAGGUAAAAGUCACUAUAUCACUUAAUAAUGCUUUUAAAUGUCAUUUGUUUUGGAGCAAAGAAAAAUUAUACAUUUGACUUAUUUAACGGUGUGAUGUUGCUCUGCUUGAAAGCGCCAACCCUACCAUAGUCUCUAAAUGCUCAGUCCUCUAAAUUACUUCCAUAUCGGCUAUACCUGUGUUGUUGCCAAUGGGUCGUCCAUAAGACGACCCAUUGUGUGCAUGUAGAGAUAGCUUUGGUACUUUCAGCAACACUACACUUUUAUGUAGGGUCAUUUGUUAUGAGAAAGCUGCAUUAAUAACUCAUUAAGCACAGAUUAAUAAUUGAGUUACAAUGUAUAGUACUAAAAUGCACAGAUUGUGAAACUUGGCCUGUUUGCUGCACUCGAAAACUAGAUUUGGAGACAUCUGAUCAGACUUUUCAGACUUAAUUUGUGGUGAAGACCAAUGUUUUUCAUUUAUGUGCUGCAGCUGAUUCGCACUUUAGUAAAUAACACACCAUAAUAAUUCUCAUCAGACUCCUUGGAUUGGUUUUACAUUAUGGGUAUUAUGGAGCCCUGUCAUUUUAAUAGAGUAGAUAAUAUCAUGUUUGAAAGCUGGAUGUGGCCUAGAGCAAUCCCACUUCUGGGUCACAUUAGCGGAGUAUCCAGUGGGAUAAUGUCUGAGCUAGUGAACCUAUAAAGCUACUUCUAAUCCUAGCUCUCUGGAAUUGGGCCCCAUUACUCAAAACCAGAUUCCGAGGAGAGGUGAUGAUGGAUUAGAUAAUUAACCUCAGUAUGCCAAGUAGGCAAUAACCUCAGUAGCACAAGUGUGGUUUUAUUUGUGUAUAUAUUGUACAAUGUGAAUAUUAAAGCAGCGUUGUCAUGGUUACAUUAGCGUUGUUAUACAACCUCCUGUACACGUAUGUGGGGGGUAUCCGUGUGACUCUGUAUACUCAGAUAUGUGUAUAUUUUACAUUUGCACAGAAAUAUAAAACAGUAUUUUCUCUCAGUAAUAAAGUUCCGUUUAGUUGUCCUGUGACAUACUCUGUUUUCCCUGAAUUUUUCAGUUUCUGCAGAAAGACCUUCAUUUGUGACGCUUCCUGUUCCUACUGAGCCAUAAUCCACGUUGUGUGUCCGUACAGCUCUGUCUGCAGAGAUUUACAAAUUGUCUGCGAUUGUUUACGAUGGGUUUGCGCUAAACUUGAUAUCUGAGCAUUAGAGAUAUCCUGUGAUGCUUCAGGUACAAGAUCAGCGCUAUUAGCACAAACCCAUACAAACCACAAAACAAGUUUAUUAAUCACAAUAAAAUUUGUUCUAUGAAAAAGAUGUAAAUGAUUAAAAAAAGCUUUUCAUUUCCAGUUACCACCCAAUGGGAUAUAUCCUUCUCCUCCUGCCUAUCCUGGGUGCGAUCCGAUAUACGGCGUAGUUUUCGGCGCAUGCAAGGGAACCCUUUCCACCCGUAAUUUCACCUCGCAACUCGAGCUAUCCAAUAUACUGCGCCGUCAGAUGCUAAACUGGCGUAAGUAGGAAAAUCCGGCGAUCAACUAAAAUGUGUGCAAAUACACAUUUUCGUUGUCGCAAGUACUUACGCCAGUAUUUUGUUCACGUAAAGUCUCAAUAAAGAGUAGUUUGAUGCAAAUUAGGCUACGAAUCGUAAAAAAUAACCGCAAGUUCUAAAAGAUGCGCCACGUAAUUAGAAGGUGUUAUAAAUGAUAAGAAGGUGUUAUGAUCAUAUGAGCCAUCCUAGGUUUUGCUUUCAACUAAGAAUACCAAGAGAACAAAGCAAGUGUUCUAAUUAAAUAUGAAAGUAGUUAGAAAUAACAUGCCCUAUUUAAAAGAAGGUUUUCUUUGGAGUUGACUGUCCCUUUUUAUAUUUUGGCAUCAGUGCCAAGCUUUGUUAGCAUUAGAAUAAAUUACACCAGUGGGUUCUAAAGAGAUGAAGGUAAUCCAAUUUACAUUAAAUAAGCAAGUAUAUGUCCAUAAUGUGAUAAAGUACCUAUAAGCACAAUUCAUUUGACUAUUUCAAAUACACAAAUAAACCUUAAAAAAGCAAUAUCAUAGUAUACUGUCCCUUUAACCUUGAGAUGCUGCUUAAAUGUAUGUGUUUGUUAAGGUUUCCAGGGAGUUACGUUGGUUUUUUAGUCAGUGCAAGGGCUCCUGCACCUGCAAUUUGUGGCGAGAUGAGAAUGGAGUAGAUUUUCUGAAAUCUGCGUGUGUAAGUCCUUACGCUGUAUAUUGGAUACCAAACUGCGAGUGUUUUGUAUGUCAAAGGGUAAAAAUAAUACGGGCGAAGGCAGAAAUAUACGCACGUAACUUCUAAGUUACGCCGUAUAUAGGAUACCAAACCCGCGCAAAAUUUGGCGUCGCCGGCUUUUGCGGACGACGAUUUAUAUCGGAUUGCGGCCCCUGUUCCUAUGGUCUUCUACACCCAUGUUCACUAAUAAUCGUGUACCUCUUUAUUUUCUCGUUAACACUGAAACAGGUGAGACUUGAGAAGCUGUUAGUGAAUCUAGCCCAGUACAAUACUAUCUGACCUUUCUACAAGUGAGUGGCUUAUUGGAAUUCUCUGUCUUUAUUUAUUACUAAGAAUUUCCCAUUGCUGCUAUUUGUGAUCUUGUGUGACGCAGAUGUACAUCAUAUUGCGUCAAACGCUGCAGCAGUUUAAUAAGUAAUUUAAAGGGACAGUCAACACAGUUUUUUUAUUGUGUAAAAAGAUAGAUAACGCCUUUACUACCCAUCCCCCAGCUUUGCACAGCCAACAUUGUUAUAUUAAUAUACUUCAUAACCUUUAAACUUUUCUGUCUGUUUCUAAGUCACUAAAGACAGCCCCAUGAUCACAUGCUUUUUUAUUAGCUUUUCACAACAGGGGGGUGCUAGUUCAUGUGAGCCAUAUAGAUAACAGUGUGCUCACGCUCAUAGAGAUAAAAAGUGUAUUAAUACACCAUGUUUUCUGUGCAAAACUGGGAAAUUGGUAAUAAAGGGAUUAUUCAUCUUUUUAAGCAAUAACAUUUUUUGAUUUGACUGUCCCUUUAAGCCCCUGACUAUGUGCUCUGGGCUGAAGCAGUGGUUACACAGUGAGACUCUGGUAAUAGCCCUUACGGCUGCCCACUGCCAGUGGGGAAAGAGGAUUCGCCCGGCGGGUGGUUACAGUCUGAAGUUACUACAGAGACUGCAGAUUGAAAGAAGUUAAUAUACAUAAAAAUGCUACAUCCGGGGUCAGAUUUUUCAUUUAAAAAAAGAAUAAAUCUAUUUUAUUUUAGCAACCAGGGAGCACAGAAUGUUUGUUUUGUGCCCAUGGAUGACAACUGUGCCAACUGCUGCCCUCUCUGAUGCAAACCUAUGGUACAAGAGCCCAUAACAAAUUUACUGGCGCUCUUCUCUGGGCUCUGACAGUAUUCCCUGGUUUUAUUGGCCGCAAUUAAAAUGCUUAAAGGGACACUGUACCCAUUUGUUUUCUUUUGUAAUUCAGAUAGAGCAUGCAAUUUUAAGCAACUUUCUAAUUUACUCCUAUUAUCAAUUUUUCUUCGUUCUCUUCCUAUCAUUAUUUGAAAAAGAAGGCAUCUAUGCUUUUUUUUGGCUUCAGUACUCUGGACAGCAGUUUUUUAUUGGUGGAUGAAUUUAUCCACCAAUCAGCAAGGACAACCCAGGUUGUUCACCAAAAAUGGGCCGGCAUCUAAACUUACAUUCUUGCAUUUCAAAUAAAGAUACCAAGAGAAUGAAGAAAAUUUGAUAAUAAGAGUAAAUUAGAAAGUUGUUUAAAAUUUCAUGCUCAAUCUGAAUCACAAAAGAAUUUUUUUGGGUACAGUGUCCCUUAAAGAGACAUGAAACCCCAAAUGUUUAUGAUUCAGACAGGGCAGCCACUUUAAACAACUUUCUAAUUUACUUCUAUUAUCAUUUUUCCGCCCUGUUCACUUGGUAUCUCUUGUUGAAAAGCAGGGCAUAAGCUCAGGAGCGUGCACGUGCCGGAAGCACUAUAUGGCAGCAGUUUUGCAAGAAUGUUAUCCAUUUGAAAGAGCAGUAGAGGGCAGCACUAUUUCCUGCCAAAUAAUGCUCAACUUGCCUACCUACGUAUCCUUUCAACACAGAAUAUAAUCGGAGCAAAGUAAAUUGGAAACAUCUGUAAAAUUGCAUUCUCUGUCUAAAUCACAAAAGAACAUUUUUGGGUUUCAUAUCUUUCUCGUGAGUCUGUGCUAUGUAUCAGCAGUUAAAGGGACAGUCAACACCAGAAUUUUUGUUGUUUAAAAAGAUAGAUAAUCCCUUAAAGGGACACUGAACCCAAUUUUUUUCUUUUGUGAUUCAGAUAGAGCAUGAGAUUUUAAGCAAGUUUCUAAUUUACUCCUAUUAUUACAUUGUCUUCAUUCUCUUGGUAUCUUUAUUUGAAAUGCAAGAAUGUAAGUUUAGAUGGCGGCCCAUUUUUGGUGAACAAACUGGGUUGUCCUUGCUGAUUGGUGGAUAAAUUCAUCCACCAAUAAAAAAGUGCUGUCCAUAGUUCUGAACCAAAAAAAAAAAAAAGCUUAGAUGCCUUUUUUUUUCAAAUAAAGAUAGCAAGAGAACGAAGAAACAUUUAUAAUAGGAGUAAAUUAGAAAGUUGCUUAAAAUUUCAUGCUCUAUGUGAAUCACGAAAGAAAACAUUUGGGUUCAGUGUCCCUUUAAUUACCCAUUCCCCAGUUUUGCAUAACCAACAAAGUUAUAAUAAUACACCUUUUACCUCUGUGAUUACCUUGUAUCUAAGCCUCUGCAGACUGCUCCCUUAUUUCAGUUAUUUUGACAGACUUGCAUUUUAGCCAAUCAGUGCUGAAUCCUAGGAAACUCCACGUGCGUGAGCACAAUUUUAUCUAUAUGAAACACAUGAACUAAUGCCCUCUAGUGGUGAAAAACUGUCAAAAUGCAUUCAGAUAAAAGGCGGCCUUCAAGGACUAAGAAAUUAGCAUUUGAACCUCCAAGGUUUAGCUUUCAACUAAGAAUACCAAGAGAACAAACCAAAAUUGGUGAUAAAAGUAAAUUGCAAAGUUGUUUAAAAUGACAUGCCCUAUCUGAAUCAUGAAAUUUUAUUUUGGACUUGAUUCUCCCUUUAAGCUUUACUUGUUAGUAUAUGUUACGCAUGUAAAAGACAAAGGAAUAUUAGUUUCUUUUAAUGCUAAAAAAGGUACCAUGAGCACAUUAAGAUUAUCACGGAUUUGGGCACAUAUUUCCAAAAAGGUUUAUCCACCCCUCUCCUAGGUUGUGGGAGACUGGUUACCACUGGUUAUUAACCCUUGUUCAGCUGAUACUGAAUCACUGUCCCCUGUAUGCUGAGCCCUAACACAUUAUCCACCUCUGGUCCAGUUGUAUGUGACGUCCCCAGUACCAGGCGUAUAACCACUGCACAGAGAUGGAUGAGAACAGUGCCAAUUCAUUCUGCGUUUUCCUCUCUAUUAUCUGUAUUUGCUGCUGAUUUAAGUAAGAGAUAUAUAAUUAUUGAAUAGAAAAUUAGUGAAUAAGUACUGCUUAAUAACCCCCCCCCCUCUGUCCCGUAGACAACAGUAAAUGUGAUGAUCACCGCCUGUAUCAUUGCCUCAUACUCUACAUAGAUAAUAUAUUUGUGCACGUGCAGUGUGUUUGUAUAGCUGGUUUACUAGAAAACACAAUGUACAGUUUAUUGAUUAUGUUACAUGUCUCUUCUUUGUGUAAAUUGUACAUUCGCUGAUGUUUUGUUGCAGCGCCAAGUGUUAGAUGUUUACAGAACCAGAGACCAGUGUUUGUAAUUACUGUCUGACAAUAACUUGUUGUUUUACUAAUCAGUAAUAGGUUUAUUAUUUGUAGACACUGUUUUGUAAGUCUUCCAAUAUUCAUUUGCUUGUUUUCUGUUUUUAUUUGAAUUUUAUCCAUAAAACAUAAAUUCUAAUCAUAA